AGCAAGCCAGGGGAAAGUACCAGCAGCUCUGACCUGGGCAGUUUUCCUCAUAAGAUGCAGCUGCUUGUGCUCCUAUUAGCCUUUCUUCUGGCCCCUGAGGCAGAAACAGGAGAGAUCAUCGGGGGACAUGAGGCCCGGCCCCACUCCCACCCCUACAUGGCAUUUCUUCAGUUCUGGAAACAGAAGGAGAAGAAGAGGUGUGGUGGUUUCCUGAUCCGAGAGGACUUUGUGCUGACGGCUGCUCACUGCUGGGGAAGCAGCAUAAAUGUCACCCUGGGGGCCCACAACAUCAAGGAGCAGGAAAAGACCCAGCAGCACAUCCCUGUGAGAAGAGCCAUCCGCCAUCCAGACUAUAAUGAGAAGACUAUUUCCAACGACAUCAUGCUACUACAGCUGGAGACAGAGGCCCAACGGAUGGCGGCUGUGCGCCCGAUCCGCCUGCCCGGGAAAAAGGCCCAGGUGAGGCCAGGACAGGUGUGCAGUGUGGCUGGCUGGGGCCAGGUUGCCCCAAUGGACAAGUAUGCAGCCACCCUGCAAGAGGUGGCACUGACUGUGCAGGAGGACAAGAAGUGCGAGUCCUACUUCAACAAUUAUAGUAGUGACUCAGAGGUGUGCGUGGGGGACCCGAAGAAGAAGAUGGCUUCCUUUAAGGGAGACUCUGGGGGUCCCCUUGUGUGCAACAAUAUGGCCCAGGGCAUUGUCUCCUAUGGACGAAAAGACGGGACUUCUCCUAGGGUUUUCACCAAAGUCUCGAGUUUCUUGCUCUGGAUAAAGGAAACCAUGAAACACCUCCAACUGCAGGAAUCAGACUGAGCCCCUCUAUGACUAACCAACUUCUCUGGAGGGCUAGCACCUUAAUAAAAGUGUCUUAGC